CGCCUUGCCCGGGCUUUCGGCCGGCGUGGAGCACACAAAGGCGGGGAGGAGGAGCCUGGGCGCCCCGGGCUGGGCCACGAUGUGAGCGGCUCGCCCGCAGCCCAGGCCGGCGGCGCCGCGGAGGCGGAGGAGGCGGAGGAGGAGGAGGAGGAGGAGGAAGAUGCGUCUUCUCGCCGGCCGGCCGGAGCGGCGCUUGUCUCCCUCCUGGAUGCGGCGGCGGCGGCCCUGAGUGGGCAGCGGCGGCGGACCCCGCUCGGCUCCAUGGCUGCGCCGGACAGGCGGCUCCCGGACAAGGCGGCGGCGGCGGCCUGAAGACGGACCCGGGCGGCGGGGCCCCUGGCUGUGCAUUCUGGAGUGACGGCGCCUGACCCCUCCCCCAACCCCUCCAGCCAUGUUGGCCUGCUUGCAGAGGACGCAGAAUCCCCCCAGCCAGCACCUGGCAUGUCCCAACAAGACCCUGGAGCCGCGCAAGUGUGAAGCCGUGGCUCCCACGCACUCUCCACGCUAUCCCAGCCCAGCUGAACUGGACGCCUACGCACAGAAAGUGGCUAACAACCCCCUCACUAUCAAGAUCUUCCCCACCAACAUCAGGGUCCCACAGCACAAGCACCUUAACCGGACGGUGAACGGGUACGACACAAGCGGGCCGCGCUACAGCCCCUACCCGGUGCACGCGAGCGGCUACCAGGGCCUCCUGGCUGUCGUCAAGGCCUCCUCCAGCAAAGGUGUGGUGAAGAGCUUGGAGGGGAAGCGGACUAAGAUGUCCCCUGCCCACGUGGCCAUCGCCCCCUACCCGGUGUCGAGCACUUUAGCCCAGGGCGCCUCUUGCACCGGCCAGCUGAACUACCACGCCAGCCAGAAGCCGGCCCCAGUGCCGCCCAACAUCACGGUGGCCGCUUCAGUGGUCCCGCACACGGGGCGGAGCCUGGCGCUGCCCCCGUCCAACCUGCCCUCCAUCCAGAACAUCAUAUUCCAGAUCAAUCAGCAGUGCCAGGCUCAGCACCCUCAGCCGGUGUGCCAGGGGGUCGUGGUGACCAACCCCAGCCCCGCCAAGCACGCCACCACCAACGGCUUUACCAGCAUGGCGGCGGUGGGCGCCACAGUGGCCUACGCGGGCACCAUGCUGCCCGAUUGCCGCAAAGGGGCGGAGCUGGCGGUGGGCUCCGCCCCCAGCACCGGGCUGGGCUCCAAAUCCGGCCUCUACCCAGACAGCAUGGACUACCUGCUUUGGCAGCAGAAGCAGCAGCAGCAGCUGCGGAUGUACAGUGCAGGCAGCGGGGGCGGGGGGGCCGUCAGCAAGUCCCCGGAAAUGUGCGCCGGGGUCCUGCGCGCCUACCCCGUGACGGGCGCCACCGACAAGGUGACCUCCUCCCCUUUAAACUGUGUGAGCCUCCACGGGAACUUCUCGAUGGGGCAGUACUUUGCGCCCCCAUGGAACAGCAUCCUGGUCACGCCCAACAGCGACUGCUACAAUCCCCAGGAGCUGGCGAACGGGCAUCGCGAGCUGGGCGUGCAGCACCCUUCCGACGGGCUCCCCAGUUUGCCCAGUAAGACCCUUUGCAAUACCUCCAUCCUGAGCAGUAGCCUCCAGUCUCUGGAAUAUCUCAUCAACGACAUCCACCCCCCUUGUAUCAAAGAGCAGAUGCUGGGCAAAGGCUACGAAACGGUGUCUGUGCCGCGGCUACUGGACCACCAACACGCCCACAUCCGCCUGCCCAUCUACAGAUAAGAGUCACCGGCAGGCACCCUCUUCUGAACCGAAGGGCAGUCAGUGGCUUCUACUGCUGACCCUUCCUCCCCAUCUCCAAUCAGGCCGGGGGACCAAGGGAUGGAAACAGAGCCGGCAGCGUCAUCAGAGAGACACGAGGGGCUUCCGGAGCAGCGUGGGUUGUGUCGCCAGGUGCCUCCUGCUGCGGCCUGCUGGAGGCCCCAGGGCAGAGGGAAUUGCUUGUCUAUAUAGCUCAGAAAAUUGUUUUUAUUUCUAAGAAUGUGAACAGGGAGAUGCUAUCCAAUUUUGCUGCUAAUCCAGAGAGAAGGUGGCUUCUCUCGGUGUGGGUGUGGGGGGCGUGAAUGGGAGGGGGGGGGUGCGCGUCUGUUGGGUUUGCAUGUGGAGGGGCCCCCUUUCCCCCUUUCUGGAAAGAAGUUUUGUUCCUGUGCUGAGUUCAAGUGGGGGAUUUAAAUGCUUCGUGAUUUGGACUGGGGGUGGGGGGGAGGGAUCUGAGCCCCAGGCCUGCCGGCUCCCCUGAAUCCAGGUGGCUUCGCAGCGUGGCUUUGCCUGCUCUCGAGUUGAAGUCUGUUAACUUGCACUGUUCGAUUAAAGCGGAUGACUGGGGAGAGGGGAGGAAGAAGGUGGGCUGGAAGCUCUUUAAAGGGGGAAAAACUGGAAAACUUGAAGCGAUUUUUUUGUUGUUGUUUAGUUUAGUUGAAUUUCGUAUACAUUUUUUUUUUGCAUUUUGGCUGCUACACAACAAGUUCCCUUUUUCUCUCCCCUGUUGGGAUAGUCCUAGAUUGUUGUUCUUAAUUAAUACUUUACUUAUUAUUAUAAUUAUUAUUUUUAAUGGGGGAGCUUCAUGGCCCGUGUGUGUCUGAGGGAUACCCACAUGUUUGCUGGGCAGCUGUGCUGGAGAGAGCCGGAGAGAGCCUGUCCUGUCGCCCAUCUUUGCCCUUCUGAUGAAUUCUUGGGGCCUUUCCACACGGCUGUGGAUGAGCUGUUAGAAAAGACAGAGGUCCACAAUGACCCACGUGACCCACUGUGAGCGAGACCCUGGUCCGUGUGGCUGCAAAGAAGGCCCACCAAGAAUCAUACCCCUUCCCUGCAGCCCGUGACCUGCUCUUUUAUUCUCUCCCACCCCCCAAAAAAGAUCUUGUCUGUUUGUAGCUGAUCAUACUUUGCAUUCAGCUAGGCUUCAAUGUAAAUCAGGUGGCGGCUUGAACAGAAUCUAGUGUUUAUGAGAUGGGUUGGAUAAACUGGGGGGAUAUUAGAUUGCUCCUCCGGCUGCCUGUCUGUUGGCGAUGCGCCACAUCUAUUACGGCCCCCCCCCCCCCCCGCUGCCGGUCUCCUGCUUCAUUCCACUCACACCGAUCUAGUUACAGGGACGUGAUGGAUUCUCAAACAAUAAUGUAUUUUACGGUUGGUUAUAUCUCUGUUCUGUUCUAGAGGCAGUUUGCAGGUGAGGAGCAUAGAAUCCUAUUUAACACAACUAGAGGGGUUUUUUUGUAUCAGGAUAUAUAAUUUGCAUACUUUUCUUUCCUCUUUUAAAAAAACAGUUUUCAAACAGUAUUCAUUCUGCUCUGUCAUUCAGCCCUUGCAAUUAUGCGUUUAAUAGAUUUUAUUCAAGGCAUCUGCAUUGCAGAAAUUACAAAGAUAUUUUUUGUCCCUGCUGGGUGGGGGGGUGGGGAGGGGAGGGGGGAAAGGAAUGGAAGCCACCCUGCAACCAACAAUUGUGCUCAGAAUCUAGAGGUACUGUGUCCUUAAACCACCUGUUCCAGCACUAAGUGCAUUUACAAAUCUCUGAGAAUGUGUUUUUAUAUGAAAAAAAUCGACCAUUAUAUUCUACUGUGAGAAGUGCAUUCUGCACUAUAUUGUUUUAAAAAUGAGAGAAAAACAAAAAGAUAGAAGAAAAAAACAGCAAACUGUCUCUCUCAAUGUUGUCUUUUUUCUCUCCCCCCCUCCCCCCCCCCCACUGAAAGAAAUUAAACCUGGGCUUUCACUGGA